UCGCCGCAAUACCGAAGUACUAAAACUUAAUCGACUGAAAAUAUUUGCUCAAUAAAUUAAUAUUUCAAUCAAUAGUGAUUCGGCAAUGGCAACCGAGACAAUCGAAAUCGACGCAAUAUUUGCAUGCACUUGCAGACGUCGAUUAAAUGUUUUUUACUUAACCCAUAAGAAUUACGUGCCGGUUCUUUGAUAAUCUCAAGAAAAUGCGGGUUAGUGAAAAGCCAGAUAGUUUCCCUGUGUGUUGUUGUCAAUGCAAGAGAAGGCCUUUGGAAUCCACUGACGAAUUAGUUGUAAACACCUUGUAUAGAAUCGCUCUGACCAUUUGGCACGUUGCAUUUUACAUCGAAAAUGAACAGCACACCCACGAGGAACCAAUCAAGAGCGGAGUUGGAGGAAGAAAGAUGCUCUCGUCGUCGUCGUACAGUAGCGGUUACGGGGAGACUUUUACGAGCCAGCCUCGAUCAACCGCAAAUAAUGUGGCUGCUGCUUCAUCAGGUGGAAUGGACCUUAGCUAUGUCACCGAAAGAAUCAUAGCCGUAUGGUUUCCUUCUUCCGCUUCUCAGAAGUCUUACCGAGAAGGACAAAGGCAUGCCGCCCAUAUGCUGAAAAAUAAACACGGAGAUAAUUACAUGGUUUUCAACUUAUCGGAACCAAAAAGAGCGCUACGCAACGAACACAAACACGUAAAAGAAGUGGGCUGGCCUCAAAAAUUGGCACCGCCACUGGAGAGGCUGUGCAGCAUUUGCAAAGAAAUCGAAUCGUGGUUAUCUGGAGAUCAGCAUAGAAUUGCCGUUCUUCACGCAUGUGGCAGUAAAGACAAGUUGGGUGUCGUGGUGGCGGCUUACAUGCAUUAUUCAAGCAUAUGCGGAACGGCGGAUCAGGCUUUGGAUCGUUUUUCAAUGCGACGUUUUCUGGAGGAUAACAUAGGGCCGUUGCAGACGCCAUCAAACCGAAGAUACGUCGAUUACUUUGCGGGCUUACUUUCCCACAAUAUUAAAGUGAAUGCCGCCCCUUUGUAUUUGACACAUGUAACCGUUUUGGGAGCGCCGUCGUUUCAGCAGGGCGGAUGUAGGGCAUUCCUAAAGCUAUACGAAGGACUUACACCUGUAUACACAUCAGGUGUCUACAGCGUGGUGAGUGGUGUCAAACAGUUCACAGUAAACCUGGCAGCUGAGAGAAGACCCGGUCUGCAAUUACGGGGAGACAUUUUAGUAAAAUGCUAUCAUCGAGGGCCCUCAGAUCGUGAAACAAUCUUCGCUUGCCAAUUUCACACGUGCGCAGUUGCUGACAACACUCUCAGUUUUACAAGGCAAGAAUUGGACAAUGCGUGUAAUGAUCCAAGGUUUCCGCCGGAUGGUGCUGUAGAAUUACACUUUUGCGCUGGUCCCGAAGGGCGUAUGUCUGCACCCGCCCCAACACCAGCAGUACCUGUGACUCUUACAGAAGAUCCAGUGACACGUGCAGACAGUCCUUUGGAACUGGAUGAUUCGAAUGACGAAUCCGAUGGAGGUACGCGCUUAGCAUUUCACAACGUGCAGUGCAUGGCUAUUAAAAAAUGGUUGGAUAGCGCACAAUUAAACUUAAUAAUACUCUCUUUGCAUAAAUCUUCUUGACCAUUAAGACUUUAA